AUGCUCAAUAUAUGGCUGACUCUGCUCGUUCUCCUGAGUCCUCUCGCGGUUCUGUGUGACAACACGAUGAUGUGUUGUUUCAUCGAUGUGACUUCACAAAACAAAAAAGGACCGUGCACCAAGGACCAGUACGACCAUCACCACGACAUAAUCGCUGGUUGGACAAAGGGAUGUACCAAACAAGCCUGUGGCACCCUGCGAAUCGGCAGUGGCAAUGUAUAUUCCGAGUAUUACUCCUGUCCUCGUGUGCCGAGGGAGAGUGCCUUUGGGAGAUUUGUUGGCGAUUGCUAUAUCCAGUGCAUCGAUGCCGAUGCUUUUAGCCAGGUAUGCCCAACAGUACCUCAAGGUUCGUUUUAUUCUCCCUUCCUGUUCGACCAUGACCUAACCAGUUUUAGACAAGUGUUAGACGAAAGAGGAACAUGUGGAUUAAAACAAAACGUUUAG